AGUAAGUAAAUUUUAUGAUGCGUUUUUAUGUGGUCCGAUUAAGUGUCAGUUACGUUGUAAAUCAUAUUUAGACAGUUCAUGAAGAAUGAUAUUUUGGGCGGAGGGGUGGAAAUUUAACGUACAUUUUUCAUGUCGCAGUUUAAUUUUAAUUGAAAAUUGUGGGAACUAUAGGUGUUAGGUUUUUAGUGUUAUUUAUUAAAAACAAUUAUAAAUCGAUUUUUUAGUUAUGUCCAAUACACGAUAUAGUAUCGAUAUCGAUGAUAUCGACGAUAUUGUAUCGAUAUCGAUUCACUAAUUUCGAUAUUAUAGAACUUAAUGCAUAUGUACACAACUACAACUGUCCAUAUUUAACGUUGAUAUCUUAAAGUUGGUCUUGGACAUGUAUGGAUUUUUUUUGCAUUUAGUUGAACUUAAUAAAUUAAUGCGAAUUAUGGUUCUAUUCAAGAAACUUUUACGUUCAGAAAAUGGAGUGAUGCAAAAACUUUUUGUCACUGUCUCAAAUCUGCCUUUACAUGUGUAUGCAUUUUAUAUAUAGUACUUACCAGCAAUUCUGCAAUAUCGUGUGUUAUUAUUGAUUUUUAGAGAUUCAGGUUCGUUACAAGAUAAAUCUUGCUGUUGUUCAAGAUUCGAUUGCCUAAUAGCUGGAUUAGCUAUCUGUGAUAAUAACAAUAGAAUAUCAAUAUGACUAGAAAAGAGGUCAUUAUAUUACAUACAUAUAAACAACUGACAAUUAAUACAAAGAUCAGUGACUCAACUCUACUAACUUAUUAAAUAAGCUUAAACUUACCUUGGGCCGUCAGUCAAUGAAUGAUGGCGAACUACUUCAACAUCAGUCUUCGAGGUACUCAAUUUGUUACAUCAUCGACUGCAGUAAAAGAACUCUUGGAUAAGCUGUCAAAAGAGGGACAUGCUGAAAAACAAGAAAACGGGGAUUACUUUUUAGAUAGGAAUCCAGUCCUUUUCCACUAUGUUUUGGAUUAUUUUUCUGGUCGCAAAUUCCAUCUUCCAAAGGGAAUCUGUGCAAUUGAGGCGAGAGAGGAACUGGAGUUUUGGAUGAUUCCGGUGGAAGCUGUACCUAACUGUUGCUAUGAAGUCAUGUUUGAUGACAACUUGUCUAGUUAUGAGGCAAUAGAGAACACGGAACAGCAUCUUAUUCAUGGAAUUUUACCGGAGGUAGAAAACGAUGCCUCAGCAAGUAAAUUACAGAAAAUCAGAGAUACUCUUAACAAAGCAGUCAUCGAUCCAUUUUCUAAUCUACUUGGGAAGGUGUGGCUAUUUGUUGUGGCUGCCUUAACCCUUACAACCAUCACGUGUUUUAUCAUAAAUACUUUUGAUGACUAUAGAGUGGACCGUGAGAAUAUCCCUACAUUACCAAACAAUGCGACCUACAAUUUCUUCUAUAGCAAUCCAAAACGAAAAACGCUUCUCGUCAAGGUUGUUCCAUUGGAACGGCUUAUCUUGGAGGGAGUUUGCAAUGGGUUGCUCUUGGUUGAUCUGAUGAUUCGUUUUGUCAUUUCUAACCAAAAGAGGUCUUUUCUGUUCAACGUGCAAAACAUCAUAGAACUGGUUGCUGUGGUGCUUUGUUUUCUCGUUAUCCAUUUGGCCACUAACCCUGGAAACAUCGUGAACAAUCCAGACUUGAGUACAAUUAUUGUAGUUAUCGGGGCAAUGUACUCACUGAGGGUUUUGAAACUCCUCCGCUUGGCUGAAACGACAGCAGAAAUGAAGAUACUUAAACUAUGUUUCCAAAAAAGUUGGAAAAUACUGGGCUUCCUUGUUCUGGUCUUUACAAUUUUCUCCACGAUAUUCGGUUGUGGAAUGUUUUGGACUGAAUUCGAUAACGCUGAAACAUUUCCAAACAUUGGAAUUAGUAUUUGGUGGGCCAUUGUUACUAUAACAACCGUUGGAUACGGGGACCAUUAUCCAAAGAGUACUUUUGGGUACAUCAUGGCGUCAAUAACAGCAUUGGUUGGGUUGUCCUUGAUUGCAAUGCCCAUAGCUACUCUAUCCUCUAACUUUAGUACUUUAUACAACUGUUAUACCUUCAGAAUGAAAUACAUGAAAGCAAAGAAAAAGCAACAAUGCAAAAAAGCAUGAUAAUAAAUUGAAAUAUAUAAUGUGUAUGUGUGUUGGGUUUUUAUAUUUAUACGUUUUAUGAACCAUGGUUUAUUACCGUUGAAAUCUAGAGGUUAUAGGUGCUUAAGAAUUACAUGUUUUGCUUCAUUGCACUCAUUGCAUUUUUGUAAAAGUAUGAUUACUAAAAAGAUGUUGAGUCAUACUGGACAUAUUGGUCGAUGUCUGCUCUCAAGAUUCCAUUGCUUUCUUUUAUUAAUUUUUAUUUUGUCUAAUAGAUGUACAUAUAAAUACAUGAAUGCAUGUUUCUAGUAUACAUGAUCAUUGACAAGAUGGAUCAUUGAUCAUUGUUUUCUUUCUGCAAUUUCGUUUUUAAUGUCAUUUACUCAUACAAUUUAAUAGGCUUCAAUAAUUCUUUGAAUAUCCUGACUGCAUGAUCUACUUCGCGGUCAAUAUGAACUCCCGAUAUAUGGUCACAAAAUUACAGGUACAUUACAUUAAACAUAUUCGAAAUCUACAAAUGAAUCUAUCGACUUUCUAUCGACGUUUCCCAUUCUGUAUUGUAUUUAACUAUUAAUGAGCAUUCUACUACAGUUAUUGCCGAGAUCAAAGAGAUGCCGCGGACAUUAUUCUCCAAUAUACCACGAACGUCAUCAGUAAAUUAUCAGAUCAGAAAUACCUAUUUGUCUCGCACUGAUCAUGAAAGUACAACUUCAAACCGUAAAAAGUUUUAAAACCAUGUAAAUUUCACGUGUUAGUUUCAGUCAAAACGAUGUGUAUUGCCUCAAAUGUUUAUUUUUAAGAGAUCAAUUCGGCUGUUCCUAGGACCUCCCUAGCACAUUUUCAAUGCGUGUUUUUACAUAAAAUAUAUAACAUAUAGUAGUAAUAAUCGUAUCAAAUUGCCCUUAAAAUAUUAGGAAUGUGAUUCAAAGAUAUUUUAUAAAUAAGUGAAGAGUAUUAAAAAUCCAAAGA